AUGGCAGCUCAGUCGAAACCUCCUCUUCCUCCCAGAACGCCUUCGGCCUCAUCUAACGGCCAUGCCAGCUACCUCUCGCCCUCAACAAAUCCCCACUCAUCUGUCUAUCUCGGCGGGCUACAUGACCCGCGAACUUCAUCAACUCAGUCGUUGCAACCUGUUAAACCUCCUGAUGACGGCCGCCGGGAAUUGCUCGUUGUCUACAUUCAUGGCUUUCUCGGCACCGAAACCAGCUUCAAGAGUUUCCCGGCUCAUGUUCACGGUCUCUUGACUUCGGCCGUGGCAGAAACACACGUUGUCUAUACCAAGAUCUACCCUCGGUAUAAGUCGCGCAAGAAUAUUUCCUUUGCCCGAGAUGAUUUCAGCAACUGGUUAGCACCUCGCGAAUCAAGUACGACGGAUGUUAUAUUGGUCGGCCACAGCUUAGGUGGUAUCCUUGCUGCCGAAGUGACCUUGAUACCCUCCCAUUUCCCUCCAGGGAAUAAGAAUCUACUCCAACAUCGUAUUCUUGGACUCAUGGCCUUUGAUACACCAUUCCUGGGUAUGCAUCCUGGAGUAGUGGGGACUGGUAUUGCCAGCCUGUUUCGGACUCCUCCUCAGUUGCCAGAGGCUCAACUUCCCAAUCCAAGUCCAUUUUCAGACGUUCCAUCAACCUCAGAAGAUCCAACGUACAAUCCGGCGUAUUCCAACGACGUUCACCUGGCCAACAGGACGGGCAAGUUGCGAAGGGCCUGGUACUUCUGGAACAAGCAUUGCGGAGAGCUGGCGAAAGCGGCUGGAGAUUAUCUUUCUUCUCAUCUCGAAUUUGGUGGUUGCCUUGCAGACUAUCCUGGCUUGAAGAGGCGAUAUAGCGCAAUCCGUGCCCUAGAGGACGUUGACGAGACAUUGGAUCCAAGGUCACCUGAAGGGAAGUUGAUGAAGCGCGUGAGGUUUGUCAAUUACUAUUCAGCAAGUACUGGGCCCAUCAGAGAGAGGUCACCUUCUCCCAGCAAAGAGCGAGUGUUACUGGAACCUCCCACAACAGAACUUCAGGAUAUGUCUACACGAAGAUCGUCUGGGGAAAGUCUUCGUCCCUCGACCGUUUCGAGCCCGCGUCUCUCUCUAGAAGAACAUCGUGGUGGCGAGGUUAUUUCGAAAGAUGUGGCCGAGCUCAAGAUCGAUCCUGACCCACCAGCUAGUUUUUCUGUCUCAAAAACGAGCGAGCUCACCUCAACACCGGAUCUUUUCAACGACAGUCGAGGCUCAGUAGAAGUCUUAUCUCUCGAACUCGGGUUGCCACCUCUUGCAGCAUUGCCGGAGCGACCAGCGGAAUUCGACCCCAGUCAAUACCGCGACAAGGAUACCCUCAAAGUGGUUCAAAAAGAGCAUGAACGGCAAGUUCAGGCAUAUGAAAGGGCAGUGCGAGACCGAAACAAAUCCGUCGAAGAACGCGAAAAGCUACUGCGGAAACACGAGCGCAAGCAGCAGGGACAGGCGUCGAAGGCCAUCAAGGAGCAAGAAAACCAGCAGCAAAAGCAACAGCCAGAAUUAACAUCCACAAAAACCCCAGAAGAAUAUGAGAGGCAACUGCAGCAAGAACAGAAAGCCUCCAGUGCCACACAAGAAAACGGAAAAGCGCAAAAAGAUCGCAAGUUUUGUGCUCUCCCGGCUAUAGAUGCAAACACACGCAAGCGAGACCCAACAUGGAUUAGAGUAUACAUGGGAGGAAUAGAUGAGGUUACGGCACACACGUCGAUGUUUAAUGAGUCAGAGACCUAUGCAAAACUCGUGGCAGAUGUGGUUGAGAGAAUCAAGACCUGGGUCGCUGAAGAUGCCACCUCACGAGCAGUUCUCGCGGCCCUGGAGCAAUGA